AUGGAUCUAUUUGCAGAGUUCAAGGAAGCAUUCUCGCUGUUCGUACACGGUGAUGGAACGAUCACCACCAAAGAGCUCGGAACGGUCAUGCGUUCGCUUGGUCAGAACCCAACAGAAGCAGAACUACAAGACAUGAUCAACGAAGUCGACGCAGACGGCAACGGCACUAUCGACUUCCCCGAAUUUUUGACCAUGAUGGCUCGCAAGAUGAAGGACACAGAUAGCGAGGAAGAGAUCCGAGAAGCUUUCAAGGUCUUUGAUAAGGACGGCAACGGAUUCAUCUCUGCGGCUGAAUUGCGACAUGUCAUGACCAACCUGGGCGAGAAGCUCUCCGAAGACGAGGUAGAGGAGAUGAUUCGGGAAGCAGAUGCAGACGGCGAUGGUCAGAUCAACUAUUCCGAGUAG